AAGCCCAUGACUCCUUUGGUCAAGGCGGUUCUCCAAUAGAAUAAUAUACCUUAUUGGCCCAGAUAGAAGCCCUAUUUUCCUCUGAGAUAGGCGAGAUCCCUUCAGGUAUCCAUAUUUCCUGGAGAAGUCUCUGAUUUAAAGAAGCCAUCCCAGUUUCCAAUCACCUUCCUAUUGACAAAUCCUUUUUUUCAUUACGCAAAGACUCGGCCAUGCUGGCAUCACCUUCCUAUUGACCAAUCUGGGAAAUUCAUUUCUGGAAUAGUAACUUAUUUACUUCUGCUCUUAGGAAGACAUCGACCGAUCACAAUGAAAUUGUGGUGAGAAGGGCAGAUUCUUCACUGUUUUUCUAGAAAACCAGGUGUCCCCUAUCUUAGAUCUGGUAACUCCUACCUCAGUGCAGACCCUGACCUUCCUCCUUCUUGAAAUUCAAUUGGUGAGACUGAUGUGAGGCUGGCAGUCCACCAAGACCCAGACCCAGAUGUCAACCACCCUUCUGUUGCUCCACUUGAUUCUCCAGAACCUGACCUUAGUCCCUCUUGAAACCCAUUGGGUUGGACUCAGGUGAAGAUGGAGGACCACCAAGACCCUGAGAACCUUCCUCUUUGCCCUGCUAGCAAGUUGGUGGUCCACCGAGACCCUGAGUCCACCCUCAGAAUCCAUGUGAUCCUCCCUAAAUGCAGGACCUGGCCUUUGUCCCUCUUAAAAUACAUUGAGUUGUACUCAUGUGAAGACGGAGCUCCACCAAGCCCCUGAGAACCUUCUCCCAUAUCCUGGUGGCCAUCUGGUGGUCCACCAAGACCCUGAGGUCCACCAUUCUUCUAUUGGUCCACCUAAUUCUCCAUAACGGCAGAACCUGACCUUUGUUCCUUUUGAAAUCCUUUGGGUUGGACUCAGGUGAAGAUGGGGGGAGGGGUCUACCAAGACCCUGAGAUCCUUCUCCUUUGCCCUGCUAGCAAAAGUUGGUGGUCCACAGAGACCAUGAGCCACGGGUCCUCUAUCCUGAGCUCAGAACUUUCCACCAAAGCUGGAAGCUCCCACAGGUCUUAGGACUUUCCAUCAAGCAGAUCUUGUCCAUCUCAGAGUUAACAGGGAGGAGAAGGAGCAGGAGGAGACAGGGCCGGCUUCUCCUUUAAGGGGCAUGGCUCUACACAACAGAUCCCUUUUUCUUUGGAGGAUCUGAGGGGGCAGAGAGAAAUCCAGCGAAGUGAGGAGGAGGAGAAGAAGACCGGGUUGUCCUAGCUGAAGAAGAGACCAGUUGCACUCCACCUGAACCCCAAGGCGAUGGAUAAUGUUAGCGGCGGGCCUGAACCCCAACCAACCACGGCUCCGCAGAACUCGAACCCGGAUCCAGUUCCCCGAGCCGGUUCUCCAGGUCUGUUAGAGUGCUGUGCCCGCUGCCUGGUGGGGGCGCCCUUCGCCUCGCUGGUGGCCACGGCCCUGUGCUUCCUGGGGGUGGCGCUCUUCUGCGGCUGUGGCCACGAAGCCCUGACCGGCACCGAGCACCUGAUCGAGACCUACUUCUCCAAAAACUACCAGGAUUACGAGUACCUGGUCGAUGUGAUCCACGAUUUCCAGUACGCCAUCUAUGGGGUGGCCGGCUUCUUCUUCCUCUUUGGUGCCCUCCUGCUGGCUGAAGGCUUCUACACCACUGGCGCUGUCCGGCAGGUCUUCGGCGACUACCGGGCCACUGUCUGCGGCAAGGGCCUGGGCGCCACGUUCGUGGGCAUCACCUAUGUCCUGACCGUCCUCUGGCUCCUGGUCCUGGCCUGCUCGGCCGUCCCUGUCUAUGUCUACUUCACGGCCUGGACCACCUGUAAUUCCAUAGCCAACCCUACCAAGACGGCCGCCGGCAUCGGGAACCUCUGCACAGAUGCCCGGAUGUAUGGUGUCCUGCCGUGGAAUGCCUCCCCGGGAAGAGUGUGUGGCCAGAGCCUUCUCUCCAUCUGCAAGACAUCCGAGUUCCAGAUGACGUUCCACCUGUUCAUCGCGGCCUUCGUGGGAGCGGCAAUCACCUUGGUGGCUCUGGUGACGUUCAUCAUUGCGGCCACCUACAACUUCGCCGUCCUGAGGCUGAUGGGCCGGGGAACAAAAUUCUAACCUGGCACCCGCCCGGGCCGAGAGACUCCCUCCCUCCCUCUUCAUAAUAAUAAUAACAAUCGGUAUUAUUUUCACCCUGGACUGGUCUUCUAACCGCGAGGCUCUAACCAGGCGGCUGCCGACCUCCUGCUCUAACUGCCCGCCAGCCAAUCGGCUCAUCCCCAUUUGCCGGGGUUGGACUAGAUGACCCCGGGGUCCCUUUUCAAAAGCAACCAUGAUUCUAUGAUCUCACUCGACCCAGCCAGACCCAAAAAUGGGAUUAUUCCCAGUCCGGGGAUUUCGUCGGCGCAGGAAACCGAUGUCGGAGCGAGAGAGAGGAGGUCCUCCAACCUGUUAGUCCUGCUUUUCGGAGGAAAAAUCACUCCAGCCCCUUGAAGAUCCUUUUUUUGGAAAAAAAUAACUGCAGUUUUAUGCUCCAAACGGCGGGAAAUCAUUCAAUGGGAUGACACCAUUUUUUUGUAAGAGGCUAAUAAAAACAUAUAUAUAUAUAUAUAUAUAAUGUGAAAACCGACUGUUCUUAACACGGCGUGCGGAAAGCUGAGAUAACGAAGGAUAAUGUCGAAAAUAAAUAACGAA